AUGGCGGUCAAAGACAAACUGAAGAAAGUGAAACAAAAACUGACACCUGUUGCAUCAUCCAGUGAAGUGUCAAAUAACCCGGAAAACGAUGGAGCUGAAGAAGAUUCAGACAAUAAUUCAAAGAAUACAAGCAAAUCAAGCAAGCGGAGCAGCGAGAGUACAAAUGGAAAAUCAGCAUUUACGGAUAAUUCGGAAGACGAGGGGUCGGAAAUCGAAUUGCUUCCAGAUGAUGGGAAGAACUUUGGGAAGAGAAAGUUACAGGAUACUGACAAACCAUGUACAUGGAAUAUUCUCGUACGAGUCAUUGAGGCUAAAGAUGUCAGCGCAGGUGAAAUUUUUGAAUUUAUGUUUGAUUCGGUAACUUUGGGUCGUUCAGGCUCCGCAAGAGUUCGUACUGUUUUUGAUGAGAAAUCCAAAAUGACUCGUACAGUAACCCAUGCGAUUCCCAAAUGGCGUCAGAAUAUUCUCUACACUCAGAAGAACAUUCCGUUAGAAAAGUUGGCAUCCAAAGUUCUCAUUCUGAAGCUCGUUCGGCCAACUACACUGGGAGAAACAAAUAUUGGAGAAUUUUCUUGCUACCUAUCGGAAGUGAUUCAUUCUCCUGAUCGAUCAGUAGUAGCCAAAUGGGUUGCUCUUGGUUUCCCUGGAAUGGAUGAUGAGGAACCGGAUGACUUUGCAUAUGAAAAUUGUGGAUUUCUGAAAGUGACUCUGUCCGUUUAUCGUAUUGACGAAUCGCCGCCACAGUUGAUUGACGACGAUGGAAAAGAACAGAUUUGGAGUGGAGCACAUCUCAGUGAUUAUACUUUAAAGGUUCGAUUCUUUUCUGUGGAGCAGUUGAUUCGGAAAAUGAUAAACGAGAAAAAGUUGAAGAAAAAGCAAAAAUUCUAUGUGACUGUUGAUUGUGGAGGACAUAAAACAGAGACGACACAGGAGACAGCAUAUCUGGAUGAAGAGGAUAACACGGCGUCUGUCAAGUUUCAACAGGAAAUCUAUAUUCCGAUUCAAUGGCCAACUGUCAUAUCAGAGGUUGCUUUGCACCACAAACAAUGGUACAAUUCAUAUUUACAGAUUGUUUUCUCUUUGUACACAAAACGCGGAAGAAGCAAGACUUGUAUCGGGAAGGCAACGAUUCCCCUGAGAAAGAUUUAUGAACCAGGAGAAACGGGAUUUCUUCCAACAUUUGGACCUGCAUAUCUCAACGUUUUCGACUGUGAAAGGGUCACUAGAUUCAGUCUCUUCUCAAAGAAAAAUAGAGGAGCGCAACAAGAUGGAAGCCGAUUCAUUGGACGUCUUUUUCUUGCAAUCGAUUGUGUUGAAUACAUGGGAGAAUCUGCAGCUCAACGAAUGCAUCUCGAUCAUUCUCCAAUCAUAGAAGCUGAAGCGAUUACUACGAGGGUUCAAGACAUUGAUUAUUUACAGAGAAGUGUCGAGUUUUACAGCGCAUUCUGCUCAAUGAGUGCUCUGAACAUGAUCAAUCCUCAGUUUGCAUCUGAUCCAAUUUGUAUUUUGAUGUCGAUUGGUCCUUAUGGUAGCAUCAGUUCGGAGACCAAAUCAUGCAGUAGCUCAACUCUACCCGCUGAACCGAAUUGGGAUGGCUGCAAGUACUUCGCAAUGCCGUGGGGAAACUUACGUCCAGUUGCUGAAGUGAAUGGAGCAUUCGAAUCAAUUGAGUACAGAAUUGAAAUGAGCAAUGUUCUGAUGAAGAUGACAAACAUGCUGGAUAAAAUGAUUUGGGAAGUGAGAAGAAUCGGAAAUGGAGCAAUUGAUCAUGUUGCUUCCGUUGGAAUAGAAGCAUUGAACUAUCUGGAACAGAUGAUCGAAUCCUCUAGUGCUUACUUGAAACAUGUCAGCAUAGUGACCAGAAGUGAUCUAGACCGAAAUCUCCUUUCUUCUCGUAAAGAAAAAGUUGUCAAACUGAAGGAGCAUUUCGAAAAAGAGCACUUCAACGUUGAUUAUUCUGAUGAAGAGGUGGAUGCUAAACUUCUUCGGAUGCUUCUCCAAAUGAGAUCUCUAACAUUUGAUUUGGCUGAAGACAUUCAAAUAAGUAUCCCUCCUGUCAUAAUAAAAAUGAUGUCAUAUGGGAAACUCAUUGGAUUUGCUAAAAUUCCAGUUUUGGAAAUAUUCCAAUCGGGAGAAGAUGCUCAAUCCGGAGAAUGGUGUGGCAGAACAAGACCAAUCAACAUUCAAUGGCCAACUCUUCUUGAUCAGAGAAACAGGAAGAAAGAGUUCGUUGCUGUUCUUCAUGCGAAGAUGUGGUUUGGACAUAACAGCAGAUUGUCAAAGUGGAAGGAUCAUGUACAACCAGCCGAAGUAAGACGAUUCAUGGAAAUGUACGAAAUGCAGUCUAAAGGGAUCACACUCAAAUGGAAGGACAACGAUUCGGGACUUUACGAUGGGAACGGAGAAAGAAGUGAUAAGCUACCAGAGCUACAGAAAGGAUGGACUCCAGUUGGUCAUUGGGUUGUGAUGAACACUAGAGAGAUGUUUGUUCCGAGACUUGGCCAUCAGACAAUCCAUGACAAAGCAUUCGAAGUACAGAAGAAAUCUGAGAAAGGGGCAUGGAAACAUAUGAAAUACACGGAUUUCUAUGGAAGCGAGUUGACUCGUGAAGACUUUGAAAAGGCGUCGAAAGGAUACAAAACUGAUACUUGGGUUCCUGAUAAGUUCCGAAACAAUGGAGAUGACAAAGGAUGGGUUUACUCGACGAAUGGCGUUUUCUUCGGUGAUGGAGUAUCCACUGAUCGAGAGGCGAAGGAGCAUCACAACUUUAGAAUCCGUUGCAUUAAACGAUCAAGGAAGUUAGAGGCGUAUAAUAAAGAGUUGGAGGACUUUGAGCACUUUCGCACAAUAAUGGGCAAUGAGAACUGGGAGGUGAGUAAAAACUGGCAAUUUGAAAAAAAAACAGUUUUUAUUAGUAUUCUGCGAGUAAGAAAGAAGGUCCAUAUCACGAUGGAGAAGAUGGUUCUGAUAGGAUCCGAAGAAGAAGAUACAUCCGAGAGGUUGAACAUCAAGAGUAACACAGAUGCGGAUGAUCCAAGAUUUCGUCUCUACGAAUAUCAAAUGGAAACGGCAAAAUGGCAACUCAGAUGCUAUGUUAUGUGGGCAAAUGCUCUUCUUCCGGUUGUUAAAAAUUCUUCUCGAGCAUUCGUUCGGGUUUCGUUUGCUCAUCAAACAAAACAAACCAUGUUGGUCGACAACUCACAAAAUCCAAUUUGGAAUGAAACUGUGAUGUUUCGUUCAGUGUUGAUAGCUGGCGGAACUCACGAUAUCAUGAGAUAUCCUCCAGUUAUCUCGGUUGAAGUUGUCGGAGAAUGCACAAAUAACGAAGAAGCGAAUCUCGGAAGAUUUGAGACAACACCAACAGUCAUCUGCUCGAAGACGGAUCAUCGUGGAACACCACAAUGGUUUCCUCUACGAUUCUCGAAGGGACGUACUCGUGGAGCAGUUUUGGCAUGUUUCGAGUUGUAUCAAGAAGAAGAAAAAGAUUUGAUUCCAUUGGAACCUGGACUGAAACAUAAUGCCAAGGAGAGAAGAGAAAUUCCAUCUGAGUUCCGUCCGCAAUUCGACAAGUAUCAUAUCCAGUUUCUGUGUUGGGGUGUCAGAAAUCUCAAAAAGCAUAAGCUUCUUGCCGUUCGUCGUCCAUUCGUCGAACUUGCAAUCGGUGACCAAGAAUUCACUCUGGAACCUCUAAAAGACGUUAGGAAGAAUCCAAACUUCCCAGAGCCGAUGAUUGUAUUCGCUGAAGUGAUUCUCCCUUCUGCUCUCGAACUCUCUCCUCCAUUCAUUAUCAAUCUUUUUGAUGCAAGAUCUUUCAACCGGAAACCUCUUGUUGGCUCAUGUUUGAUUUCUGAUCUGCACAAAUUCAUCUCUCACAUCAUUCCAAAGGCUAAAAGUGAUCAUGCUGAGAAGUGGGAUGUACUUGAAGAAAUCGUUCUGGAAGAGCAUGAUAAAAUCAUUAAAAUGGUUCGACUUCCAACUCUGACUGUCGAUCCAAUGGUUCCUCUUGAUUGGUGGAGUCGUUACUAUGCUUCAAUGUCACAAUUCCACAGAUCACCUGGAUAUCCAGAAUCUGGAAUGGAGUAUUUGCGAGUGUUCCGUCGACCACUAGAAGAAAUGAACGGAUACAAUCAUUUCACUGAUUUCUUGAGCACAUUCCCAUUCGUCAAAUCAAUGAAAGGUGAUUUCGAUGAUCCAGAAGAAAAAGAAAAAGCCGGAGAGCUGAAAUGUCGUCUCUUGGUUUCUAAAAUCAAAAAAGACAAACCACCAGCAGCCAUCAAUCCAGUCGUCGACUUUGUUGGUCCCACCGAAUGUCUCGUCAGAAUUUACAUCAUCGAAGCUAAUGGAUUGAUUUCGAAUGCCCGAAAAGGAAGAGUUGAUUCAUAUGUGAAACUCCGUUGUGGUAAACAAAAAGUGAAUCUAAAAAAGAAUUAUCGGGCUGAAUGCUGCGACCCAAUUUUUGGAGAAAGGAUUGAUGUGACAGUGACGAUUCCAUUGGAAAAGGAUCUCAAGAUUACGGUGAUGGAUAAACGAAGGAUUCUUACGGAUCAGGAAAUCGGUUCCACCACGAUCGACCUUGAAAAUCGUCUUCUCACUAAAUGGAGGGCUACUUGUGGUCUCAGUGGACAGUACACUGUGCAUGGAGAGCAACAAUGGAGAGAUCAAAUGACUCCUUUGGAGAUUCUUAAAUCGUUCAAAUUUGUGUUUGUUUCUAAAUUUAGAAUUUCUCUAUUUCAGAUACUGCUACAAAAUGAUUUGAGAGUAGACAAACAGAUAAAGGAGAAGAGAAAGGGAUCACAAUCGAGAAAAUCACGUUCUGGUUUUCCGAUGUUAUUCAUGUCAUCGAAAAGUGAGCUAGUUUUGAAUGAAACUCAAUUGAUUUGGGAAUUUUUCAGCGAAGAAGUUGCCAUGUUGAAUUCCCAACGGCAGAAAGCUGGAAAAGAAGAAACUGAUGAUAAGGAAGAAGAUCGUUCUCCAGGAAGUUGGGAUGACGUUGACCUGGAAAUGGAAAAAGAGAAAGAGAGUUGGGAGAAGCAGAGAAGCAAGGAGGUCAAACCAAAGAAAUCAGCACCUGGAAAAGAGGAAACGGCAGAAGGAGAGAUCAGAAAGAAAGCGAAGCUGAGAAUCAUGGGAACUCAACUGGAAACUAUCGCUCUGUUUCUUUUGAGACAGAUCAAUUUAGUUCCAGAACAUGUCGAGACACGUCCAUUGUUUUCUGAUAAAUGUGGUCGAAUUCAGAAGGGAGAACUUCGGAUGUUCGUUGAUAUCUUCCCGAAAGAAUACGGAUCCAUUCCUGCUCCAUUCAACAUUUCACCUAGAAAGCCUGUCAGCUAUCAACUCAGAAUUGCCGUGAUGGAUGUCCGUGGAGCCAUUCCAGUCAAACGAAGCUUCGCUGAGCCAGUCUCCGAUCUUUAUGUCAAGGCAUUCAUCAACGGCAUGACGAAGGGACAUAAAACAGAUACACAUUUCCGAGUUCUCGAUGGAACUGGUGAGUUCAAUUGGCGUUUUUUGCUCAACUUCGACUACAAUCCGUGGGAGAAGAAAGUAGUGGCAUACACCAAAACGCGUUACUUCCGAAAGCCAGUUGAAGAGCUCGUUGAUCCGAUUCUCGUCAUCGAACUUUGGGAUAAAAACAAGUUCCGGAAAGAUCGUCUUCUUGGAGAUAUCGAGCUCGAUCUUCUUGAUUUCAUUGAAGGAAUUGGUUCUCCAGCUGACGUUGGAGUCUACUCCACCAAACAAAGAAAGAAACGAGUGAAGUGCCCAAAGUGUUGUACCAGUCGUGGAUGUCUCUGUCGUUGUUGCAUCUUCUGCUACGAAACAAAAUGUCUCUGUGGAAGAAGAAAAGUCAAGAAGAAGCCGUUCCCGAAACCUGUGGUAUUUCUGUUUGUCGAGCCAGAAGGUUAUGACGACACCGUCAAUAUCUUUGAAGCUCGCAAUUUGUAUGGUUGGUGGCCGAUGUUGACAGAUGAGUAUCCACAUGUAAGUUGUGAAUCAAAGCAACUACAAAACUGCAUCAAAAUUCAGGAAGAGCCUCAAAAUGCUAAAAAGAAGAAUGAUGACAUCGGAAAAGAUCCGAAAUGGAUCAUGGGACUCGUUGAGAUGGACAUGAUGCUGUUGACAAAACAAGAAGCAGACCAAGAACCGGCUGGAAAGAAACGAGCAGAGCCGAAUCACAGCCCAUUCUUGGAGAAGCCAAACCGCAAAACGUGGGCCAAUUCAUGGCUGGUUUCGCGGAUCAAGCCAUGCAUCAAAUACUUUUGGCACUACUACGGUCUCCAAAUACUUCUCUGGAUCCUCAUUAUUGCUCUUCUGGCUCUAACUAUUUUCGCACUCAUUCAAACCUGGCCAAUCAUUUUAGUAGAAAUUUUUAAAGGAAUUUUCUAA